AUGGAUUCACCGAAUGCGGCAAGCGUAGAUGCGAAAUUUGGGGUGCCGGGAACGCCUGGAACGCCGGGAACGCCAAAGGAGAAGGAAAAGAAGUUUGAGAAGCCGAAGGUGACGAGGAACGCGCCGCCGGUUACGUUUAUCCUGGUUACGGUGAACGAUCGGUUAGGGACAAAGGCUCAGGUCCCGUGUUUGGCUUCAGAUACCGUCCGCGAUUUCAAGCUGCUGGUGGCGGCAAAGAUUGGUCGACAACCUCACGAGAUCAUGAUCAAGCGGCAGGGACAGCGCCCGUUUAAGGAUAACUUGACGUUGGACGAUUACGAGGUCAGCAAUGGGGUUCAGCUUGACCUGGAGUUGAGCACCGGGGAUUGA